CUCCACAGCAACAUCCCUCCAGGAGCCGGACUGCCCAGAUCCCGGCCCCUUCCAUCCCGCCCGGCCGCUGCUCCAGGGCUGCAGUGGUUAAAAGCCGCAGGGAAGAGCUGCAAUGUCGGCAGGCUGGAAUGAUUUGGUAGAUGGAAGUCAAGAUUCCGCCCCCUAAGCAGACUUCGGGCUAAAAAUGGACAACUCCUUUGUGGAAGAAGUGGCUGCAUCACUGGUGAGAGAAUUUCUCAGCAGAAAGGGUUUGAAAAAAACCAUCACUACCAUGGACCGAGAGCUUCCACGCUCGGAACUUAGCAUCAAUAACAGGAAUGAACUUCGAAAUGUCCUCCACCUGCACUCCUUGUACAAACAGAACAAGGCAAAGGAGAACCCACUGAAAACGCUUCUUGAAAUUAUUACUAAUUAUUUCCUUGAGCGCUAUGGGACUUCCAGAAGCAUCAGUUCAAGUUCUGCUCUGUCAGCUCCUCAAAGUAAGAGCUCAACAUCUCAUCCACCCAACUGCUCGGAUGAAGAUCACGUGCAAGGCAGUUCCAUUGUGCCUGAGAAGGGUGAAACUAAAGCCUGCAGAGGUGAUGUUGAGAAUCCACUAGACAAAAUCCCUCCAUCCAGAAAACAUCAGCAAAAAAGUGAAAAAUGCCACACAGGGACAAUACACAACAGCCACUUACCCUCUGAUGGGGAUAAGAAGCUAAAACAUAGUCAAGAAGAUUUAAAAGCAGCAACGAUGUCUGAAGAGCUGAAAUCCACAAUGAAGGAGAAGCCAAAGCCCAAGUCUGGACUCAUUGUCAGAGGAAUGAUGGCUGGACCAGUAGCAAGCUCACCAGAGGAUCUGCACAAAAGGAGACUUUCGAAACGCUCCACUAGCAUAUGCAGAACAGCACAGCUGAAGGGUGAGGAACAUGAAGAAAAUUACCUGAAUGUCCCAAGUACUGAUUUUCAAGAAAGCAAAGGAUCACAAGUAAAUAUGGAGUUUGCAUCAAAGACUAUGUCAGGCUCACACACAAGCUCAGCCUCUGAAAAAUUAAGGAACAUCCCCAAAGGUACAGAUGACUCUGUUGCUAAAUUAUUGUCUGACAGAGAGAGGACCAAGACAGAAGAAAGAAAAUCAGUUUCAAGCUUUGGUACAGACAGCCAUGAAAAAAGCCUUAAAGUGAGUGCCCCUCACAGACAUUCAGGGUCUGGAAGAGAGAAGAGAGAAAGAUCCCUCAAGAAAAAUGAGACUCGGUUAUCAGGCCACAGGAAGUCUCCAAUAUCCACUUGCUAUGAAGCAGACCAGAUGAAAGAUGCCCUAGAAUUAGUUGAUGUUGAAGAUGAAGAACUAACUGGAGAAGUUAGUAAGAACCCAGAUCUUUCAACACUCCACAUGCAUCAAGUAUCAUCAAAGGCAAUUGAUAUUUCUCUUGCAAAAGAAUUAAAAAAUCUUUUGUUUGGCUCUAGCCUUUGUUGCUUCAGUGAAGAAUGGAAAAUACAGAGUUUUACAUUUAAUAACAUCCCCCAGCUAAAAUAUGGCAUUGUGCAAAAAAAGGGUGGCCCAUGUGGAGUUCUGGCUGCAGUUCAAGCUUGUGUGCUACAGCAGCUUAUCUUUGCAGACAGUAACAGGAAUAAAGACACUUGUUGUCUUCAGCCUUCAGAAGUUCACAGGACCAGAUGCCUCACCGUGGCUCUUGCAGACAUCCUGUGGCGUGCAGGAGGCCAUGAAAAAGCAAUUGUGGCUCUGCCCUCAGGAAGACAGCAGUUCACUCCCAUAGGAAAAUACAAGGCAGAUGGAAUCUUAGAAACUCUAAUAUUACACAGUGCCACAAGAUAUGAAGAUCUGACUGCAUUUCUUCAGCAGAAUAUUCACCAGUUUGAAACUGGUCCCUGUGGGUGCAUCCUGCUGACUGUGUCUGUCAUCUUAUCAAGAUCUAUCAAUCUGGUGCGCAACGACUUUGACGUGCUCACAAACCGCCUGAUCGGCAGCCACGGCUACUGCACCCAGGAACUGGUGAACUUGCUUUUGACUGGCAAAGCUGUGUCCAAUGUUUUCAACAAUGUGAUAGAGCUGGACUCUGGAAAUGGCAACAUCACCAUUUUGAAAGGCAUCACAAGCCGCAGUGAUAUUGGUUUGCUGUCUCUCUUCGAGCAUUAUGAUGUUUGCCAGGUUGGUUGUUACUUGAAGACCCCUAAAUACCCGAUUUGGUUGGUAUGCAGUGAAAGCCACUUCAGUGUGCUUUUUUGUUUGGAAAAGGACUUACUAUGUGACUGGAAAACUGAGAGGAGAUUUGAUUUAUAUUAUUAUGAUGGCUUGGCCAACCAGGAAGAAGAAAUUCGGUUAACGGUUGACACAACUCAGACGUGCACUGAAGAUAAAGAAAAUGAUCUUACUCCUCCACUUGAGCAUUGUAUCAGAACAAAGUGGCAAGGAGCUGUUAUUGACUGGAAUGGCACUGAACCAAUCCUGUGACUGACCUGACCUGCACCUUAUCUGUAAAGACAAAAGGGAAAUGACUGAAUUAGCACAUUCCUAUUCCCACCAAUACAGGAAAUGGGACAUGAGUUGUGCAGUUUACAAUGAGGAAGAAUGACAUGGCUUGCAGGCUGGAAGAGUUUCACCUCAAUCACCUCUUGCUUCAGAUAUUUUGCUUAUAAUAUAAACAACACUUACGUAAAUUCCUCGUCACUGCCUUUAACAUACAGCUUCUGAGAGCUGGCUGAGUUUCCACCUCCAAAUCAAGGUUACAGAUGAAGCAAUGAAGUCGUCAACGUCCCCCUUGAGGUCUCUUUCUGGAUCCACUCCGUAUCCUGCAAUUGUUUCAAAGCAUCUGUUGAAAGAUACUGAACCCAGAUUUCUGUCACUGUAGAUGCCUUCUCUGUACUCCCUAAUUAUUCACCUACAAAACUCCAAGUGCAAGUAUAUAAUCGCAUCCAAGAAAUAUAUAUUCACUUCUUUACCUGAUAUUAACAAGUCUUAUUUUGCACUAAACAGCUUGGUAACCAAACGGGCUUUUCAGAUAAAGCCUGAUGUAUACAAAGUUCUUGUUGUGUCCUAAAAUUUGCAGUCAGGAUGAUGGUUUUGUGUUACCAGAGUAAUAACACCAGUACAUACCUUAUACUGGGUGCAGUGGGUGUGUAACAGUGCCUCACACUGAUGUAGCUAAUUUGUCUUUCUGGGUGAGAAAAAGCUGUAUCAGUGUCUUUACAUUGAUUUAUAGCGUCGUAUCUGCUCGUGCAGUAGAGUUUAUUUACACCAAAGUGAUCGAUCAGAUCUGUGGUUUGCUUCUGCAUAACUGCAAGAAAGCAGAAGAGCUGGUAGGUUUGAAAUGUAAAUGGUGCCUCUCUGUGAUAGAUGAUGUUUUUCUUGAUUCCAUAAAGUGCACGUACUGAAAUGAUGUACUGGGCAGAUGUAUCACGAGGUACAGAAAUAGCAGCUUGAAUUCCUGAAGUGCCAUUUUGGCAACAGUUUACCAAAACUGGAUCAAGUUACAAGAUUGGAAAAAAAUGCCUUGGGAAUAAAAGGCAGAUAAAUGGUGUUUGUGGAAUUAUUCCUCUCUCUUGAGAGAGAGUGAAUAUUUCAUGAAAGUUUAAUAAAGAACUUUUACUUUCUGA